AUGGUUUCCAAAUCCUUCCUAUCAGUCCUUUGCCUCGUCACCGCGGUGCUUGGCGCCCCGGCGGAACUACGCCGUCGGACAAGUAGAACCAGCGCCCCCGCGGGAUGUCUCACUGUUGGUUCAGGUGGAAAAUUUUCGACUAUCAGUGAUGCAAUUCAUGCACUUACUUCGUCAACUACCUCAGCUUGCAUCUACGUUGCUAGUGCCACUUACAAGGAGCAACUCACCAUCAACUUUGCCGGGACUUUGACAAUUUACGGCGAGACGUCGGAUACCGGAACUUAUAAAGACAACACGGUGACUAUCACGAACACUCUUUCCUCGCCCGAUGCUGGAUCUUUGGAUUUGAGUGCGACUGUCAAUGUUGUCUCCGAUGGAUUCAAGAUGUAUAAUAUCAAUGUUGUCAACGGCUAUGGUAAAGGGGCACAGGCCGUGGCUCUCGUCGGAAAUGCUGAUCGGCUUGGUUUCUACGGCUGUCAGUUCUCGGGUUAUCAAGAUACCCUUUACGCUAAAGCUGGAACACAGUAUUACUCCAACUGCAUGAUUGAGGGAGCCGUCGACUACAUUUUCGGUGACGCCUCAGCUUGGUUCGGCGAAUGCGACAUCGUCUCGAAUGGUGCCGGUGCCAUAACCGCAAGCUCGCGCGAAGAGAGCACAGACACGGCAUGGUACGCCAUUGACCAUAGUAAUAUCAAAGCUGCUUCUGGAAUCUCCCUUGAUGGACAGGUAUACCUUGGACGUCCAUGGCGCGUGCUUGCGCGCGUGAUUUUCCAGAACUCGGACUUGGGCAGUCUGGUUAAUGCAAAGGGGUGGACUACAAUGGCGGAUGGGGCAACGCCGUUGUAUUACGAAUACAAUAACUCUGGUGAUGGAUCGAAUACUUCCGGAAGGGCGUAUGAGACUUCUAUCUCGGCAGGUGUUACGAAGAAGACGGUCUUGGGGAGUGAUUAUGGGGAUUGGAUCGAUGAGAGUUAUUAA